AUGUUUCUGAGGUGGGUCUUGACAAGAGCUGGCUUCUCGUUUGGACCAGCAGCAAGUCUAGCGGCUCUCAACUUCUUGAUCAAACCGUUUGGCUUGGUACCGAAACCUCUGGAGAAUCUUCUUCUAACUCUGGCAUGGCACAAUUUAGCGAAAUCUGCGUUGGACAACUCCAAGAGGUCAGCAAGGUCGACACCCUUGUAUGAGAAAGUCUUGAAGGCUGGAAACUCCUCGCCUUCUGCUGCCGACGUCACCAAGGUGCUCCAAUCCGUUGGUGUCGAAGUCGAGUCCGAAAAAUUAGACAAGCUCAUUGCUGAAGUCGAGGGCAAGUCCGUUGAGGAGCUCAUCGCUGAAGGUACCGAGAAGAUGUCCAGUGUUCCUGCUGGUGCUCCUGCUGCUGCCGGUGCCGGUGCUGCUGCCGCUGGUUCUACUGAGGCUGCUGCUGAGGAAGAAGCCGCUGAAGAGGAGGAAGAAGAAGACGACGACAUGGGAUUCGGUCUCUUCGACUAG